CCGGGCUGUCUUUGGCGCGUAAACGUCUGUACAGUGCGCGGGAAUAGAAAAUAUUGUCAAGUGAACCACUGUGUCGGAAACUGUUCGUUAUCUUUCAAAAGCUGAACCCCGAAUGUUCUGCUGAGGGCAAGACGUCCUCGCAACAACAACAAAAUGAUGCCCAUCUUCGGAAAGCUUGCAAGAAGGGGCAGCCAGGCGGUAGGAUGAGACGAGAGCCCGGGUUCUAGCGACGCACCAAUGCCAGCCACUGCCAUGUUCUCCAACCUGAAGAGCAGGGUUGGUGGUGGGGGUGGCGGCUCAGCAGCACAGAAUGUUCUUGACCACAACCCCAUCACUCAGUACUUCGAGGUAGGCAAGCUGGUGGCCAGCGCUGGGCCCGAGCACAUCUGGAAGAUCUAUGACGCCUACCGCAAGAGUGAUGGGAAGGAAGUCUCCGUGUUCGUCUUCGAGAAGAGGAUCGCGGAGAAACUUCAUAAACCGAAGAGAAAAGAGACGGUCACAGAACUUCUGCGAGGCUCGGUACGUCAGCUAGAGAGGUUUAGACAUCCCAAGAUCUUACAGGUUCACCAUCCAAUCGAGGAAUGCAACGAGACGCUGGCUUUUGCCUCGGAGCCGGUCUUGGCAAGCUUGGCCAACAUCCUCGCCUACCAGGAGCCCGGUGGAGGGGGAGGGAUAGGUCCUCCUGCAACGGGAGCCUCACAACACCCGCCCCCUCAAAAUCCACCCCGCCCUCCCCUCGCCAGAGAGUACCACUUCCUAGACAUCGAGCUUAAGUACGGCAUUCUUCAGAUCACAGAAGCUCUUUCCUUCCUUCACUACUCGGGCCAUGUCCUCCACAGGAACGUCUGUCCUGCCAGCAUCCUGGUCAACAAAAAAGGAACCUGGAAACUGGGAGGCCUGGAGUUCACUGAGCGUAUGAAUGACGUUGAUGGUCUAGAGCCUUUAUCCUGUCAACCCUGGACCUCUCGCCUCCCCAAGAUGGCCCAACCUGACCUGGAUUACACUGCCCCAGAGGUUCAGACUUCUUCUCAGUGUAGUGUGCUGAGUGACAUGUUCUCACUAGGAAUGGUCAUAUGUGCCAUCUUCAACCAAGGAAGACCCCUUGUACAGGCCAACCACAGUAGCUCUGCCUACUUGAAGCAGCUGGAACUGCUGGAAGACCAAGUGCACAAUUUGCUACCUCGGGUGCCUAUUCCUCUACAGGAGGCAGCUGUUAGGCUUCUCAGUCGGGAAACAAGACAGCGGCCAACUGCCCAACUCCUCUCCCUCAUCAAGUACUUUAGUGACCCUGCAGUGCAGGCGCUGCAGUUCCUAGACGUUAUUAAUAUGAAGGAUCCAACACAAAAAUCCCACUUCUAUAGAAAUACCCUAAGAGAAGUCUUACCCUACAUUCCAAGGAAACUGUGGUUUCAGCAUGUUUGGCCAUCUUUACAACAGGAGAUGCGCACACAAGAAGUCCUCGCAGCUGUUCUACAACCCAUUAUCCAUCUUAUUCAGGAGUGUUCGGUCGACGAGUACGAGAAUAUCAUUUUACCCGCCUUCAGGAAUGUGUUCUCCAUCCCGAAAUCAAUUCAAGCAUCGGUAACUCUUUUAGAAAAUCUGCACAUAAUUUUGGAAAAGACUCCAAGAGAUGAUAUUAGAACAGAAGUACUUCCUAUGUUGUACAACGCCUUUGAAAGCACAACCAUUCAAGUACAGACGGCUGCGCUGGUCGCAGUGACGAAUGUGUCCGAGUACCUGGACGAGACGAGCAUACGUCGGAUGGUGCUUCCGAAAAUAAAGACUGUCUACGAGAAGAACGUGAGUGACCUGAAGAUUGUCGCCAACAUCCUGCUGUGCAUAGAGAAGACGUUGGACCGCCUGGAACGCCAGCAGAUCAUAGACGAGGUCCUUCCUUUGUUGUGGGACGUGAGACUACAAGACCCAGACAUCAUACUCAGGGUUGUAAAUAUUUAUAGGCUGAUGCUUAGUGACAAAAAAUACGGACUUAACGUUAAUCUGAUGGCCACAAGGGUAAUGCCUUCUCUGCUACCACAAACUGUCAACCCGUCGUUGAAUCUAGACCAGUUCUCCAUAUUGUUUGAAGUCCUCCAGGAAAUGUUGGACCAUAUAGAUAGGAAUCAAAGGAAUAGAUUAAAACUAGACAACAUAUCGCUACCCAGCCCCGAACGUCACCGACCCCUGCGUCAUCUGUAUAGCUCAGACAACAUGCACGUACCUCCCUUCAACAUCCCCAAUCUGCGCAUUGAACAGCGGAAGACAUCAAGUGCAGAGGAUAUGGCAAGAAAGAACUCGACAGACUCUGGAAUGUUAGGCGGUUGGUGGUUUGGAGCCUCACCGUCUUCUCCAGAUAGCAAUUUCUUGAGGGUCCACAACGCCUUCCCCAACCGACGUCUGUCCGACAAUACCCUGAUGACCCCCAAGAUCCGCAUCGCACCUUCUUGUGCCUCUUCGCCGGGAGGUACGCCAGGAGGAGGUCUGCCCAUUCGUCGUCACAGCAGCAUCGGUCCACAGGAACGUCGGGGAUCGACGAUCAACCUAUCUCCCCCCACUGGGUUCCACUACUGUUCUGUGUCACGGGAGGGCUCAAGUUUAUCCGUGCCUUCAGCGUAUCUUGCCCGGAGCAUGAUCGGAGGCAGUAUGCCCAACACGAGCAGUAGUGUGCCCUUCCUGUUGAGCAGCAGUAUGCAAAGUAUUAGAUCCCGAAGACCCUCUGCAUGUCUCUCCAGUUCUCAAGGCUCGGGCCUUCUACAACAACUGGGCUCCGGCAUGGUAAGGCAGCUCUCAGGAUCACAGGUCAACGGAAGGGCAUUCCCUGGUACCAAUUACUCACUUUUCUCGUCUGGAAGAUCAUAAGAUGUUACUUCGUUGCAACUGAAGGACUGCAAGAUUAUGUUUGUGUUUCUCAUUUGACGAGAUCGUAAUGUAAAAAGAUAUUGAUUUUUGCAUGUAUAUUAUGCUUUACCACUCUGUACAGACUCGAAAUUCUAUGUACAGGGUAGUGUUUUAACUGUAUAAAAUAGCAUAUUGUUUCGAUAUAACAAACGUGUUGGUCAGAUAUCGAGUGACCGCCUAACAGUAAUUUGCCAAUACACUUAAAAAAAAACUAAUUUUAGGUUAUGAAAUUUGAAAACUCUUUUCAUUGUCAGAUAUUAUAAAAAUACAAAAUUAUGUAGUGAUUGAAAUAUUUAAUUAUUAAAGAAAUAUGUUUUUAAGUGCUGUAACAUAUUGUUGUAAUCAAAUUAAGACGUGAGAGGGAUUUAAAUGUAUGUUUUCCUUUUUAAAGCGUAGAAAGAAUAACUCACAAUCCAAUGUUUCGGUUGCAUUAAGUAAAAUGUACUAGUAUAAUAGACGCAUUACAUAUCUGAAAUAGUGAGCAUAUAUUAUAGUGCAUGAGAUAAAGAGUGUCAUUAUUUAUUAUAGGCCUAUUUAGUACAUUUCUCGACUGAAUUCGAAUUGUAAGAAUUCCGUUUCGUUGAUUUCCAAUAAGUUGUAUUUUUAUACUUACAUGUUAGCUGUUUUAGAUCACAAAUAGUGCGUUUUCUUAGUUUAAUUAAAAUAUUAACACCAAUGAAGAACUUAUUAUUCAUUAAGUAUAAGUAUUUUAGUUAUUAGUUUGACAUAGAAUAUUAUCAUAGAGUUAGCCUUUUGUCAAAAUAAAUACUAUCUCCAUAGAUGUUUAUGAGAAAUAUUUAAAGUGAUGGUUUCUAAUAGCUUUAAUCUACUAGGUUUAUGGUCUAGAAAAUUAUUUUUAAGCAAUGUUGUGUAGUGGUGAAGAUAAGUAGAUAUUUUGAGGUGUUUUCGAUGUGCGCACGUGUAUAAUUUUAUCUAUAUUUUGACGUUCAAGAGUUAGAUUAGAUCACAAAUACUAGAACCGACCCGGUAUUGAUAAAAAACAUGAACAAUUGAUGUUUCUGGCCCGAAAGUAAACAUUAUUAAACACUGUUUAAAUGGAACUGUCUAUACCGUAUGUUAAUGUUAAGGAUUCGGACUAGUUACGUCAUUUGUUUAUGUUUCUGAUCAAUGCCAGUUUCUGUUCUAAUAUUAGUGGAUUAAAUGUAGUUUACCCCUGUUAUGCGUGUCGUACUUUUAUCUACAGGAUGAAAAAACCCCAUUCUAAAUAACUUUGUUAGUUCAGCAGAUUAAUAAUAUCGACAACUUUCUUUUCACAUGCAUUUAUUAGACAGACAACCCAACUAGCUGUAACAAUAAGUUCAUAUACUGUACAUAGUAAAAUAUUAUUUAUCGGUUUUGGAAUUCCUAAAGGAUCUAUGGUCUUCUGUGUUGCUACAAAAAAGUUUACAGAAAUGUUAAAGGAUAUUAAAAUUCAAACCAUAGAAUAAUUAUUCUUUACCUAGAGUUUUGAUUACUUUAAAUUUUGUGACCAUGGGGUGUGUUUUUUAUAUACUCAUAAUUUUUAUGGAAAUAAAUUUAUAUGAUUGUUUUUAUCAUAACAAAAUAUCAGAGUUCUUAAGAAAACUAUUAGGCGUCCAAAAUAUAAGCUUGUAAUCAUGAAAAUAUUUUAGUUCUUAAGCUAUUCAAUAUUAACGAAAAUACGUACUCGUACUAUUGGUAUUAAAAAAACUACACAUUUCAAUGUAAUUUACUUUCCAAAAAGUAUACACAGGGUGUCCCAAAAAUGCUUAGCUUUCUCUGUCGAGCCAGGUUAUACGCACAUACUGAAAUAAGUCAAACAUGUUGAAAAGAAACAUAUUUUUUAAAUUAAAGUUCUAAUGGCUGAAUUUGCAAAUGCUUUAAAUCGUAUCUCGCCUACAAUUUUGAUUUAUUGGCUUUUUUCAAUUAUUUAAAAGUGCAAGAUGUAAAUAGCCGUCAUUUUAAAAUUAUGAUGAUUAAUUUCUUAUUAGGGUUUUAUUAUUACCCGAUUUUUACAACCACGUUGGGUUUGAAAUAAAAAGGGCUUUGAGUUGAAUACGUUGCAUGUUUCAUAUUGGGUUAGUAAUAUUUUUUCUAUGUUGUGGAUUAUGGCAAAACUGAGCUAAAAUUGGAAAAUAAUAUUACAUGACUUAUUCGACUUAAUUUUGUACGAAUAUAACCUGGUUCUGCAGAGCCUGCUACGUGUUUUGUGACAGCCUGUAUAUAUUAAUGGGGAAUAAAAAAUAGGUUUUUUUAGACUUUGAAAACUUGAAAAAUUCACAUAUAUUGUAAUUUUAAUUUGCAGGUUAUACAUUAAAACAAAUGUAAAUUAACAAUACUACGAUUUGAGGUUUUCAUUAAUUUUACUUCAAGUCAUGCUACUUUUUUAAUUUUAGUGUGCAUUUAUAGGUACAUUUCUAAACACUGCAAAUAAAAUAAAAUAAUUAACUUAAGGUAACGUUUUCACUUCAAAAGAUUUUUGGUCACUAUUUAUAUACUCUCAGUGGGUUUGGGUUCUAAUCAUGAACUAAAUUUUUAAAGUUGUUGAAGGUUUAUUUUAUCAUAUUAAUUUCUUUUAAUUUAAAUACUAUUCUGAAUGUUGAUGAAUGUUGUGUCAUGGCGAUAACAUGUGUGUUCAUACGUGUACUGGAAUAUGAAUUAUACACUUAAGUUUUUUAUACCUUGGAUUUGAAUUGACAACAUGCAUUGCAAUGAUGCUACUUUAUUGUUUAUUUAGAAAUCGUUGUUAUAAUUUUUCAAUGUACUGUCUUUUAUUCGGUGACAAUCUUGAUACAAUAAUGAAAAUCACCUUUUGAAGGGGAACGUGACAGAUUCUUAGACAAUCUGUAGCUAACAUAUAUUACAUUGUAAUCUGGUAAUUGUAAGAACCAUUCUCAGUGAGUCAGUGUUUGGUACGUAGUGGUAUUGUGUUUGUUAUCCAAUGAGGAUUUCAGUUUACCCUAGGGAAAGAACGGUGAUGUUUAAAUUAAGAUGAUAAAGUGUGCUUUACAGUAAAGAUUACAAAUAAACAAUUUCUUGUAUUUUAUGACUAAAAUCCAAUAUAUGUUGUAAAUUGGGACAAAGUAAAAUGCAAUGCAGAAAUUUUGCUGUCCCUAAUUUCAUUGAACUGUGACGUUGUGGUACAAGUGCACUUUGUACAUAACUCUGUAUUGUGUAUUCCUCCAAGUGUAUUUAGAGAUGCUACUUUACCGGUUUACAAGUCGUGGUUUGUGAUUACUUUUUAUAAAACUAAUUGACUCCUUUUUAUUUCACUUAUUUCCAAACUGCCCAAACGCCUAAGAUCUUAAAGGUGACUUACGUGAAUGUAAUUUUUGUUUUGUCUUGGGGAGAACAGAGCGCUUAUAAUCAUGUCUGUGUCUCUGGUUUAGGUUUUGUGUUGUAAAGAUUGUGUUCACGCUCCCACUAUGACGUCACUGGGUUUACUGGUAUGCACUGUGUGUAGAAAUGUGAAAAAUAGUAAAAUAUUUACUUAUUGGAAACCUAGUUUGGUUAUUUAAUGCGUAUUGAUGUCAGCUUCAACUUAUUUGAAGGCUUAAAGUUUAAAUUAAAUAUUAUAGCCUGAUUAAGUUUCUAUCUAAUUCAGUAAUUUAACUUAAUUUUUGGAUAAUACGAAGUUUUAGGGCAAAAUUUACACGGUAUUAUAUAUUUAUAUUGUUAUAAAAAUACCUCAGAUGUUUACGUUGGAUAACUAGGUGAUCAAUACGAUUUUACAGAAGCGUUUAGAUGCACUUAUUCUACCGUUUUGAAUACUAAAUUCUGGCAGUAUAAUUUUAAACAACAGAUGGCUGUAAACUUAGCCAAACUGUGCUGUCGACUGUAAAUAAAAAAGAACUAAUAACUCUGCUAGCUUACCUUCUUAGCUGCUGUUUAAAUCGAAGUAUAAACUAAGUCCAUAGAGAUUUCUGAGCCAUGUUUAGUAGCUUAAAUAAACGUAUGCAGAAGAUAGAUCCCAAUUUGGCCAAUACAACCCUCUAGUGAAUGCUAUAUUUUUAUGAAAUAACUUAUAACCCAUUUAUCAAUUUAUUGGGUUUUAUAUUACCUGCCAUCAGUGCCAAAUUGCAAAAUUAAACGUGAAACGUGUUUCGGUGAGCUGCCAUUUUUAAAACUAUAUAGUGUAGGAAAAACAGUAUAUUCACUUUUACAGCCGCUUUGAUUGUUUAAAAUAUUUAAAACUCAUUGAACACAUUUGAAAUACAAUUAAAACCAUCAACAAAUCAGAUGUAAUGAUUAUUCCUGCUCUAUAUACUGUUUAAAAAAGGUAGCAAGCCGUAACGUGUAGCACGUCAAAUGUUGCAAUUUGGAACUGAUGGCGGAUAAUAUAAAACCCAAUUUGUCAAUAUUGAUGUUCCGGGGCUACAACAAUGAAUUUCAAUUUAUUCUAUUGAGUUUUAACAUAUCCCUAGCUAUUCUGACCUCAACAACUCUCAAACCUCCUACUUAUACCAAAUCAGUGUCGAAUGACAAAACCUUACCCUAACGGUCCUAAUUCUACAUUACUUAAUACAUAAUCCUAAUUUUGGGAUCUGACUUACCCUAACCUCAACUAGGACGCUGGUAACCCUUAAAUUCGAAGAUUUGUUGACAUAUUUCAUUGAUGAACGUGGCUAAUAACUAAUUAGGCAAAAAUGCAUUUAAUGUUAAAAUGUGAUUGGGAAAUUAUUCCG